UCAAAGUGGAGUCAGUUUGGAUUUUGGAAGGAUAAAUAUUUUGAAGAAACUUUAUAUAACUUUGUAGAAAAUGAUCGCUGGUUAUAAUGCUGUAGUUCAAACAUUUUUAGGAACUUUAUUAACGUGGGGAUUAACAGCUGCCGGUGCUGCUUUGGUUUUUGUUUUUGAUGGCAAACAGCGGAAAGUCCUGGAUGGUAGUCUUGGAUUUGCCGCCGGGGUUAUGACGGCUGCUUCGUAUUGGUCAUUACUUGCCCCAGCCAUAGAAAUGGCCUCACAGUCUAAUAUGUAUGGUGAAGAUGGCCAAUAUGCGUUUGUUCCUGUGGCAAUUGGUUUCUUAAUGGGAGCUGCAUUUGUUUAUUAUGCUGAUGUUUUUUUGACAUAUCUGGGUUAUGACUCUGGUGAUGUGAGCGAUUUUUUCCUAUCUGGUCAAAAGGAAGAGAAAAAUGGCUUUGACAAUGGCAGCGUAGUAAAUGGUAGAUCUACGUCAAGGAAAAAACAUGAUGAUACGUCAAUAAACAUUGUUCAAAGAAGAAAAAAAACAAAUUCGGAGGAUGACGUAGUUGGGAAUACCGACAGUAAAUUGCCCGAACAAGAGGACAAUAUCAAAGCAAAUUGGAAGAAAAUAUUUCUGCUCAUAGUUGCUAUAACUGUCCAUAAUAUUCCAGAGGGUCUUGCUGUUGGUGUUGGUUUUGGUGCAAUUGGAAAGAGUCCAUCAGCUACUUUGGAAAAUGCAAGGAAUUUAGCAAUUGGUAUUGGUAUACAGAAUUUCCCAGAAGGACUUGCAGUAAGCUUACCAUUAAUGGGCUCUGGUCUUUCACCAUUAAAGAGUUUCUGGUAUGGUCAACUCAGUGGUAUGGUAGAACCACUGGCUGGUAUAUUUGGUGCAUUCGCUGUGGUGCUUGCCGAACCGAUUUUGCCAUAUGCCCUGGCGUUUGCUGCAGGAGCUAUGAUUUUUGUCGUUGUCGAUGAUAUUGUACCUGAAGCUCAAACAAGUGGCAAUGGUCGUUUAGCAUCGUGGUUUACGAUUCUCGGCUUUAUUGUUAUGAUGUCGUUGGAUGUCGGUCUUGGGUAAUGAAUAAACCAUACUAAAAAGAGAAUAAAAAGAAACCUGGUACAAUUGCUGAUAACUGUAGGACUUGACACACGAAACGGCCGUUACCUGGGACAAUAAAUAUCCAAGCUACGACUUUCAAAUUUACUGAAACAAGUUAAAAAAACAACUUCGGAAUGCAAUGCAAACAGUUAGCCAGGUUUAAAUAGAAUAAAUAUGAGUCAUUGUGUACGUACAUCAAUCGCUUUGAUUAAAUCAAAUAUUUAUAAAUAUAAAUAUG